AUGCUUUCACUUAUCCAGAACGUCCAAUUUAAAAACCACUACACCGAAUUCCAGGACAAACUAUCACAGGACUUGUCAAAAAUUAGAGCAGACGAGAAACUACUUGUUGCUGCCGAUAAAACCACAAAUUUCUACCGUUUGGACGCCCCCACAUAUGACAAGUUAAUUGAUACUGCAAUAACAAAAACCUACAAGAAAGCCCCGACAAAAACCACGGACAGAAUAAUAUCUGAUGAAAAGAAAAUUACAAAAAGUCUUGGCAUCGACAACC